GUUUAGAAGCGGUGCGCCUGACGCCCACCACUCGCACCACCGCCACUCCUGACAAUGCCACCGCUAGUGGCAGCAACGCCGCUACCAACAAGACUGCUAGCAGUAGUGCUCCCAAGGCGGGCAAGAAGUUUCAUUUCACAUUAUGGCUGCUUGAUACUGAUUGGGGCAACAGGGAUACGCCGAGUGGGGGGGAUACCAUUGUGUUUGAGAAUGUCGGUUUCAUUCCCGCUAAGUAUUUCGUACAGUUUGAUUACCAAAGAGCCUUUUUCGACUGCAACUACAGGGCAGUACAACUUAUGAAAACAUUUAAUGGUUUCAGCGAGAAAUACGA